AUGGCCUUGACGUCCGAGAAAAGGCCCACGGGGUUGGCCGAGUAUGCUCUGACUACGCUAGAUGCUAUCGUCAACUGGGUGCGUCAGGGUUCGUUAUGGCCCCUAACGUUUGGUCUUGCCUGCUGCGGUGUCGAAAUGAUGCACGUCUCGAUGCCCCGAUACGACCAGGACCGCCUGGGAAUCAUCUUUCGCGCCUCCCCUCGUCAGGCCGAUGUCAUGAUAGUAGCCGGCACGGUAACCAACAAGAUGGCCUCGGCGGUACGACAAUGCUACGAUCAGAUGCCGGAUCCGAAAUGGGUCAUUAGCAUGGGCAGUUGUGCAAAUGGCGGCGGGUACUAUCAUUACAGCUACUCGGUGUUGAGGGGUGUCGAUAGGAUCGUGCCAGUAGAUAUUUACGUACCAGGAUGCCCGCCUACGGCGGAAGCGUUGCUAUAUGGCGUGUUUUUGUUGCAGAGGAAGAUGAGGGCAACGAAGACGACGAGAAUGUGGUACAGGAAAUGA